AUGAAUUUUUCAAAUAAUACUUAUCAAACACAAUCUAAUCAAAAUUCAACUGCCGAUGAUGAAGGUGGGUUGAUACUUCAUACAUGUAGGGAUGUGACAAUACCACCAAUACCACCAAUGCCAUUUUGUAUUGGUAGUAUUGGUAUUGUUAGGUGUUGGCAUUGGUCGAUAUUGGUAUUGGUUGGUAUUGGUUGGUAUUGGUAUUGGUUGGUAUUGGUAUUGGUGGUUUGCUCGAAUCAUGCAAAUUGCCCUGCAACAACGAUAGAAGAUCAGAAUGAUCAAAAUUUAACAAAUUCCGAAGAGCAAUAUGGACAAGAUUCGGGAGACUGCAUUGGUCAAGUACAAGAUACGGCAGAAAUUCAAAUCUUGAUAGGUCCAAGCAUCAUCCUUACUGGGCAGGAUGCUUUUAUAUCAAAUUGUUCUGAUAAAUUGUUCGAAAAUCUUGAUGAAAAAACGAACGUUCCCACAAGCAGUUUUAAUCAACCUCAAUGUGUUAAAGACCAACCAUCUGAAGAUCGUCGUUUACCUGAGAAUGUAAUCGCGUUGUUUCCUGGUCAAAGUGAACAAGAGAUAAGAACAAAACUCAAAAAUGUUCAAGACGCAAAAGACAAGAUUUGGAAUGAAUUAGAUAAAAAGUUUAAAAAACGUGUGAUGUCACGAGAAACCACUGGACAGAUGUAUAAAGAUGUCACGCAAAGCCUUUAUUGGCAUAGCAUACAGUUUCGUGAACAAGCAAAUGCGGUGUAUAAGGCACAAGUGAUAAUGGAAAAUAUAUUAUAUGGUUUCAUGUUUUGCAAUACGAAAAAUGAGGUAUUGGCAGUUCAAAAUCACCAUGGAACUCGGAGUGCUCUCAAAGGUCAUCCAAAAAUCAAGGAAGAUGGUACAUUGGAAACUCGAUGGGAAACAUGCUUGCGUGAAUUGUUUGAAGAGGUUUCAAUUAGAUAUCAAGGAAGCAAAAUUCACCAGCGAAUCAACAAAGAAAAUAUUUGCCAUCUCCUUCAUUUAAAAAAAGAUAACUAUAUACAAUAUCGUGUUGACAGCAACCCAGAUAUUGGUAAUAAAAUACGCAUCAUAGGUCUUUUCAUUGUUAGUGUUAAUGAAAACGAAGUGAAAUUUAUCUUAAAGGAUACCAAAGAAAAUAAGUGUAGAUUUGAAGCUUUAAAAGAGUAUGAAACUUGUCAUAUACCAAUAGUAGUGCUAACCAUGGUUUCAACAAAUCGAAUAAUCUUAGAUGACUUUCAAUACAUGAAUGAAAGUGCUGCAGAUGGUGAGCUCAAAUGUCCAAUCUGUACACGACCAUUCUCUGAACCUGUUUGUUCACAAUCGUGCCGUCACAUAUAUGGUAAGGCUUGCAUUAAAACAUGGCUCAAUAAGCAAAAUGUAUGCCCAACAUGCCGUUCUACAGCUUCUUUCGCUGGUUUCAAGCCGAUCGAAACUCGUAACUUUCUCAAUAUGCUCAAUAAUCUUCUCGUUCAGUGUAAACAUUGCAAGCAGAUUAAUAUUGAACGAGGCAAUAAAAAGCGUUCACUUAUUGUGAUUACUCGAAAAAUAGCCUAG